AUGAACCCAAAAAUGUCAAUGGUAUUACCGUUGCCGCAACUGAAACCUGAAAACAAUGAUGAAUACGAAAAUAGAAUUACUUUAAGAUUGUACAUAGAGAAGCUGUUAAAUCAAAAAGUUGGGAGAUAUCUGGAGAUAAUUUCAGGUAUUGCAAGUUUGGCUAGUGUAGGAAUAUAUAUAGUUUCAACGUAUUUUGAUUCAGUGGAGUGGCUAGCUACUUUGGACAUUGUGGUUUGUUCUUUAUAUUUGACUGAGUACUUAUUGAAAUUGUUUGCUGCUCAACACAGAUUCCAAUACAUAUUUUCUGACUUUGCUAUAAUUGAGUUGCUGACUUUGUUUCCUCUUUUUACCAUUCAAUCAGUGGGAAAUUGGAGUUAUUUGUAAAGACUAAUAAACAUAUCUCGAAUUUUGCGAGUAUUUCGAGUAGUGAGAAUGAUCAACAAACUGCAACAGCUAUCGGACAUUGAGUAUGGAGGAGUGACUAGAUAAAUAUAUGUAAUAUUUUCAACUGUUACGACAAUAAUUAUUGUAACUGCUGGAGUGUUGUACGCAUUCGAAUUUCCGAAGAGACAAGAUCUAAUAGCGAGUGAUCCAAAUAAAGGGUGUUCAAAUCAGAUCGACAAAUGCCAUUUCCAUGAAAUGAUAUACUUCACAAUAGUGACACUAUCUACAGUGGGUUAUGGUGAUGUAAUUCCUUAUAGUGAAGAAGGAAGAGUGUGUGUUAUAGUGCUGAUUAUUAUCGUGCUCGUGGUGAUCCCUAAACAGAUGAACGAAUUGAUUAGACUAAUGGGAUUGCAGAGUGUUUAUGCCAGAUCAUUUUAUAAGCCUAAUCACGAGAUUCCUCACAUAAUCAUUUGUAGUUAUGUGAGUGUGCCUUCUUUGAAGAAUUUCUGCAAUGAAUUGUUCCAUCAAGAUCAUGGAGGAUAGGACAAAAAUGCCAUCAUUUUGAAACCCUCAAUACCCAAUACAGAAAUGGAGGACUUCUUGCAUAAUGAGCGAUACGAGAUGUUCCUCAUUUAUUUGUAAGGAAAUCCCAUGGUAGAGAGAGAUUUGAGAAGAGCUGCUGUUACUUAGGCCAAGGCUUGUGUUAUCCUAACCAAUAAAUAAAUUGUUGAUAGUCAUUCUGCUGAUCACAAGAAUAUUCUCAUUGGAUUGUUGAUAAAGAAAUAUGUGAAUCAUUUGACUGGCUGCAAUAUUAGAUUAUGUAUGCAAUUGAUCAAACCAGAGAGUAAGAUGCAUUACAAACAAUCCUUGGGUGUUAAAAUGAUAACUGAUUAGAUCAUAGUGGUCGAAGAAUUCAAGAUGAAUUUGCUGGCCAAAUCUUGCUUUUGUCCUGGCAUUAUUAGUUUACUAGGUAAUUUAGUUACAUCUGCAGGGGAACAAAAGGAGAGCUUGGAUUCCGAAUGGUUGACUCAAUACACUGACGGAAUGGGUCAUGAAAUAUAUCGGACUGAUUUGAGUUUCAAAUUUCAAGGAAAAACAUUUAGUGAAGUAGCAGCCAUCGUUUACAAUGAAUUCUCUGGCAUACUCUUUGGAUUGGAAUUAGACUUUGAAAAGUAACCCAUUAUCAGACUCAACCCUGGAGUGUACAUCAUAACAAAUACAAAAAAAGUUCAUGCGUAUAUUAUCUGUCAAGAUAAGAAAGUUGCAGAUCUAGUUGCCACCUAUGACAUGACCACUGAAGAAAUUGCCAAUUAUCAUUUCAACCUCUAACAAAACGCCUCUGACAAAGACAACCUUAAUGAAGAGGAGGAUAAAACUGAAGAUCCCUUAUUGUCUGGCAAGGAUCAACUUGAUGAACAAGAUAUCACAGAGAAAGAUUAUCUCCUCCUCAAUGAACCUGUUUCUUUGAUGGAUGCAACUUCAAUCUUCCUCUUGGAAUAACCUGAGAUCAACAAUCAUAUUGUCGUUUGUGGCAUCCACCCCUCCAUCUAUUACUUUUUGCUUCCCUUGCGAGCCAAGUAUUUAAAGGAAAUUCAGUAUGUCGUCAUCUUAGCACCUGAAAAACCUACAGAAAUUUGGGAAUAAAUCAAUCGAUUCCCAAAAGUCAAAUUCGUUCAGGGAUCUCCACUUAUCUCUGAGGAUUUAUAAAGAGCCAGCAUCCAUUGUGCAGACAAGGCUGUAAUAUUUGCUCAGAGUUCUGAUGCCAACAAAACUGAGAGUGAGGAUUUCUUAGACUAAAUGCAUGAUGCUGAGAGCAUCUUCAUUUACAAGGCCAUUAAAAAGAUUAACCCCUCCAUUUAGAUCAUGAUUGAAUUAGUCUCCAGUUCCAACAUCUAAUUCCUCCUUGACAAAGAUUACAAAUUCCAAAAUGAUUUCAAAUAUGAAUUGACUCCUCUACAAGCCUCGGGAGAAGUCUACAUUUCUGCCAUGAUUGACACUCUCACUUGCCAAGCUUAUUACAAUCCACAUAUUGUCACCAUACUGUAAUAAAUUCUCACUGGCAUGAGAUCGUCUAAUCCUUUAAUCCAAACCAUCUGCGAUGAUUUAGACAUCAAGGAUUCAAAUCUCUAUCAAGUCCCCGUUCCUGAAGACUAUCUAAAUAAAACCUUCGGUGAACUCUUCAAUUAUUUGUCCAUCGAGAGACACUUGAUUCCUUUGGGUCUUUAUAGAUUGGCUAAGGCUCUCGAUAAUAAGCAUCCUUAUGUUUAUACGAAUCCUCCAGCCGAGACCACUCUCACUCCCAGAGACAAGGUCUUUGUUUUAGCUCAUUAAUUACCUGCAGAUUUGAGUGGAAUACCCUUUGACGUUAAUUCUGAUCCCAAACAACUCAAUACUAAAGAGGUCGAAAAUAAUAAGGCCUUGAACUUUCUCUUAGAAAAGCUGAAACAAUAAACCUCCUCUUAAAAUGGCGUUAAUAGGGUAGCUAAAUAAAAAAAUGACAAGACUGUCAUAUUUUAAGGUUAAUAAAUCAAGUAGACGAGAAAUAUCGAGUCCGAGAACAUGAAUCUAAAUUUGGCAUCUCUACAUGUAUUGGACCAAGUGAAUGAAUAAAUUUCUAUAGUUAAAGAAUAAAUUAAUGAUAUUAAAAACAGCUUGCUCUAGAAGGAAGAUGAGAUAGUGGAAAAGUGUAGAAGAGCGAUCCGCUAUGAAUUAGGAACAGUAAUUUAAUAAUAGUGA